GACUAUUCCUGUUCGCCUCGCUUCCGCUACUUUUUGCCCUUUAAUAAGUCAUAAUUUACUUUCACAUAGUUCACGCUUAUCUUCCUUACCUAUUUCUUUUACGAUCCCGCUCUCAACUAUGUCAGCUACUGAUUUAAUGAAAGCUGCUCAUAUUACAAGAACAGGUGGUCCCGAGGUUUUAGAAUAUUCAGAAAUCCCGCGUCCCGGCAUAACAGGAACUGAAGACGUCCUCGUAAAGAAUCUUGCAAUUGGGGUCAAUUAUAUUGAUACUUAUCAUAGAUCAGGCCUUUAUAAACUAGCCCUUCCUACAGUCAUCGGCAGAGAAGGCGCUGGAAUUGUAGAGUCCGUGGGCGAAGGUGUAAAAGAUAUUUGUCCUGGUGAUCAUGUUGUCUAUUUCGGUGCGCCAAGUUACGCGGAAUAUACGACUGCCAACGCAAAAUACGUUGCUAAAUUACCAGAGGGAGUCGAUUUUAAAUCGGGUGCUGCUUCUCUUCUCCAGGGUUUGACUGCAUGGACUUUAGUUUCGCAAUCUUAUUCCGUGCAACAGAAAGAUUGGGUUCUUAUCCAUGCAGCCGCUGGAGGAGUAGGUCUUCUUCUUACGCAACUUUCUAAACGACUUGGUGCAAAUGUAAUUGGAACCGUCUCAACUCCGGAAAAAGCAAAAAUAGUAAAAACUGCUGGAGCAGAUCAUGUAAUUAAUUACUCUCAUGAAAACGUGACUGAAGAAGUUCAGCGACUCACAAAUAAUCUUGGAGCUCAUGUAGUUUAUGAUGGUGUAGGUGCUAGUACUUGGGAAACGUCUUUAGCUUGUGCACGAAGACUUGGAUCUGUAAUUUCGUUUGGAAAUGCUAGUGGUACUGUGCCACCUUUCACAAUUUCAAGGUUGGCCGAAAAAAAUUUAAAGUUAAUGAGGCCUUCUUUAUUUAAUUAUCUCACAACAAAGGAAGAAUUUCAAAAAUAUACUGCCGAGAUAUUGGAAAUGGUAGCAAAAGGAAAUUUAAAAAUUAAAAUUUGGAAAGUAUACAAAUUAAGCGAAGCUAAACAGGCUCAUAUAGAUUUGGAAGAAAGAAAAACAUCGGGUAAAUUAUUAUUAGAACCUUAAUAUUACGGUACUAAGUAGCUCAGCACUUGUAGUCGCGUGAAUAAAUUGAGUAAAUUUUGUGACAAAUAAUGAUAAGUAUAAUGAAAAAUGUUUUACAAAUGCAAGUAGUAAAGUGGAAAUAUUGGAAGUAUUCCAUUGGAACACUAAAUGGAACAGUAGUAGUUAAAAAUUAUAAAUUUUCAGCAUAUAUUAUUUUAUGUGCAAAAUAAUUUUUAUUAGACAUUGGAAUUAGAUCUAACCUCGUAACUGCAAACAUGUAAGAAGAUGGUAAAUACUGUAUAUACUGUAUAUCUAAAUAGUUUAUAUCAUUAAUUUCAGCAAAUAUU